AUGGACAAGUCGGUGAUCAAAGGGCUGAAUGACAAGAUAUAUGAAAAACGCAAGGCUGCGGCGCAGCAGCUGGAGAAGGUGGUGCGGGACUGCGUGGCCAACGAGGACCACGAGAUGAUUGACCGGAUCAUCGAGGAGCUGUACCGGGACUACGCGUACGCGCUGCAUCAGCCGAUGGCGCGCAAUGCGGGGCUGAUGGGGCUUGCGGCGGCGGCGAUCGCGUUGGGGAACAAGUACGUGGCGGAGUACCUGAACAAGAUUCUGCCGCCGGUCCUGGCGUGCUUCGGGGACCAGAACGACCAGGUGCGGUUCUACGCAUGCGAGAGUCUGUACAACAUCGCGAAGAUCGCGAAGGGGGACAUCCUGGUGUACUUCAACGAGGUGUUCGACGUUCUGUGCAAGAUAAGCGUGGACAACGACACGUCAGUAAAGGGCGCUGCGGAGCUGCUGGACCGGCUGAUCAAGGAUAUCGUCUCGGAGUGUGCGUCGACGCACGUGGCCGCUGUGAACCACGACCCCAAGGACAUACCGACAGCGACGACCACGGACCCGCAGACGGGCGACGUUUUGCAGGUCGAUCAGAACAUCUACGAUAAGGAGCGGCCGGUGCUGGCCUUCUCGCUGCCGGACUUCAUCCCACUGCUGUCCGAGCGGAUCCACGUGCUCAACCCGGACACGCGGAUGUUCAUGGUCUCGUGGCUGCAGGUGCUCGAGAGCAUCCCGGACCUUGAGCUGAUCACCUACCUGCCACACUUCCUGCCGGGACUGUUCACAUAUCUGGGCGACACCCAUAAUGACGUUCGGAUGGUGACACUUGCGCUUCUGAACUCGCUGCUGCACGAGGUGGAGCGCGUGACACAGCUGCAGGCCUCGCUGCUUGUGCAGGAGUUGCAAUACCAGCAACAGCUGGACGAUGUACCGGGCAAGAAGCCUGCUGACGGCGCGCUGAUCACGGAGCGCAAGAAGUCGCUAAUGAAUCAGCUGGAGCAGCUGUCGGCUACCGAGAACAUCAACGAGCUCACAAAGGAUAACGAGGACGCGUCCUCUCAGAACAACCUACCUGAUUCGAUGACCAGCAGCACGGAUCCUGUUAAGGUUCCCGAGUUGAGGAAUGGCGAGGUAUACCACCCUGGACAGGAUGUGCACCUGGACUUUCCGAAGAUUAUCGAAAUCUUGAUAAACAACCUCAGCUGCACAGAGCCUGAGAUUCAAUCGGUUGUAUUGAACUGGCUUCAAACAAUCCUCCGCAUAUCACCAAACAACAUCCUGCCUUUCCUGUCCAAAAUUCUCUCCGUUCUGCUGAAGAUUCUCAGCGACUCAGACCCACAUAUCAGUGAGAUGGCUAAACAGGUAAAUGCCAGGCUCAUCGAGCUCACUACAAAAUACGAUACCACAGACAAGAUCAACUAUGGGCCCAUUGUCAAUAUCUUGACCCUACACUUUUUGGACAGUAACGUGACCACUAAAAUUGCGUGUCUCGACUGGUUGAUCCUGACCUACAGCAAAAACCCACAGCAACUGAUUGAUCACGACGAAAGCACCCAUCUUACGGUGUUGAAGUCGCUCUCCGACAAGGAUCCAAGAUUAAUUUCCAAGGCUCUGGAGUUGAUCAGCGACCUUUGCAAUGGCUCUAACGAGGCGUAUAUUAAGAAGUUCCUCAAGAACCUUUUAAAAUUAUUCAAGGAGAACGAUAAGCUUUUGAAGACAAGGUCCAAUUAUAUUAUCAGACAACUAUGUGCUAAACUAUCACCUGAGCGUAUCUACAAGACACUUUCAUCCAUUGUUGAAAUGGACGAUGAUAUCAGUUUUGUCCGAAUGGUCAUUUACAGUCUGACAACCAACCUAAUCACAUCUCCUGAGCUAAGCUCAUUGCGGAAGAAGUUGAGAAGUGGCGAAGACUGGGCAUUUUUUGUGACUCUCUUCAAAUCUUGGUCUUACAACCCGAUUUCCCUGGUGUCCAUGUGCCUGGUUUCUGAAAAUUAUGAACUCGCAUACUCUGUUCUGCAAAACUAUGUCGAUUAUGAUUUAACUGUAAAUGAUCUGCUCCAGAUUGACAUUCUAGUACAGUUUUUGGAAUCACCUGUAUUCACAAGGCUGCGUAUGCAGCUGUUGGAACCGGAAAGAUAUCCAUACCUACACAAAUGCCUAUACGGUAUUUUAAUGGUACUACCUCAGUCAAAAGCCUUCGAGAUCCUAAAUGCCAGACUCAGCAGCGUUAGCAGACUUUCGACUUCAGUUUACAAUUCCAACAAUACCCAAAAAGCAACGGAAAGCGCUAUCCGGGCAAGCGCCCAAAAGAAGACACAGUAUCAGGUGCUUUUGGACCACUUCAAGUCCAUUUGCGAAAAGGAACGCCAAAAUACCCCAAAGCAACCGACACAUGAUGAUCACAUGCUAGGCUUGAACGAUAUAUUCAGCACACAGUCUGGUUCUGAAAAUAAGCUGAAGAUCCAUCUCUCUAAUGGCGAUGAGAAUAUCAACGGAGCUACGGAUUGCGACUCCGUGGUAUUCACGGGUAGAGUAGGUGCAAACACAGCGUCACUUGCCGGAAUUGAAGGAAUUGGCGGAUCUUAA